AUGAAUCAAAUUUCAAGACUUUGUCUCUGUAAAUCACUUUUAAGAACCCCGUUUUCCAAACAAUCAAAACCCAUUUCUUCAUUACUCUCAAAUUCAUACAUUUCUAACCCAAUUUCAUCCCCAGUUUCAAAAUUCCACACUUAUAUACCUCGAUUCAGUUCAAUUCCUAGAACCCAUUUCAGAAACAAUGUGAGGAAGUUUAGUGGAGAACCCAGUUUCGAUCAGAAUAAAGAGAUUGAUGAGAUAAAUCUGAAAUUUGCAGAUGCUAGAGAAGAGAUAGAAUUAGCUUUAGAAUCAAAAGAAACUGUUUAUUUCGACGAAGAAGCUGAAACUGCUCGUGAUGCUGUACAGGUUGUGUUGGAUAAAUUUGAUGCGUUGAUGGCGAAAUUGGAUGAGAAAGAAAAGGGGGCUUUGCAGAGAUCAAUGGGAUUAAAGAUGGAGCAAUUGAAAGCUGAACUUGCCCAGUUGAAUGAAUGA